AUGCCUAGAGCUUCGACUUCGCCGCUGGUGCAGCGGGUGCUGGGCGGGCAGGGUGAUGUGGCUGGUGGUCGACGAACAGGGAACGAAUGUGUGGGCGGGAUGGCUGCGGUGGCCUCCGCCGGGCCUCCGGUGGGCGGGCGGGGCGGGCGCCCGCGAGGGCCCGGGGAGGCGCGCGCGCAGGCGGAGGCCGAUGUGCAGGCGGCGGAGGCGCGGGCGGCGCGGGCGCGCGACGCGCACCGAGGCGCUGGCGGAGACGGCGGCCGACAGCCAGCCGGAGGCGCUCAGGCAGGCGGAGCCCGCCCCGCUCGCCCACGCGCUCUCCGCCCCUUCCGGUUCCGGCGGGGACAGGGGCGGGGACGGGGGCUGGGCGUCCCCGGCGGCCAGCGCGCGCCCCAAGGCGGCGAACGAGGCGCGGUGGAAGGCCAGCGACGCCGCGUGGGACAGCACCUGCGCGCACGCCGCACACCCUCAGCACCUGCAGCGCUCAUUACCAAGAUUGAUGGUGAGGAAUAUGCUGGUGAUGGUGGACGUGGUGAUAGUGGUGAAAAUGCAGGUGAUGGUGAUGAAUAUGCUGGUGAUUCAGGUGAUGGUGGGCUUGGAGAUAGUGAACGUGGCUCUGAUGAAUUUGCAGGUAAUGGUGAUGGGGUUCGUGGUGGUGGUGGUUGUGGUGAACAUUCAGGUGAUUGUGGACGUGGCGCUAGUGGUGAAUACGCGGGUGAUGGUGGACUUGUUGAUGGUGUAGGUGGUGAUAAAUAUGCUGGUGAUUCUGAGCUUGGUGAUGCUGGAUUAGCAGGUGAUGCAGGAAAUGGUGGGCAUGGAUGUGGUGAACGUGGUGAACAUGGAGACAAUAAUAGCUGUGAUGAUAGUGGUGUGAAUUUGGCAGUGAUGAUUGUGAUACUGGUGGUGACGAAGCUUUGUGGUGGUGGUGGAGAUAGAAAUGUCAGUGAUGAAGGAAGUGGUGAUGCAAGUGAUGAUGGUGUUUGUGGUGAUGCUGGUGGUGGUACAGUUCCUGGUGCAAUUAGUGGCGGUGACGAUAGACACACUGGUGGCGGCGGAUUUAACGGCUUUGGGGAUGAUGACUGCACUGUUGAGAAGAGAAUCAGGAAGUGGGGGAGGGAGGAAAUACUUGAGGACGAAGUGCCUGAGCAGACGAGAACUGGGGAUGGACAUUUAGAGGUGCAUUUCUUGGAAAGAAGUUAUGCAUCCAUUGUCCAUGUGUUACAGCAGAUGACGGAGAUGCAGUUGAAUGAACGAAUCCAGCAAGGCCUGAUGGCGAACAGCUGUUCUGGUGAGUGUACCGUGAUGAAUGAAAUGAGGACAUUUAGGGGAAGAGACACAAGAACUUGA